AUGUCAUGUUCUGUCUCUUUGAUCAUUUUACAUUCUCCUGUAUCCAUCCUGGCCUCAUUCUUCCUCUGUUUUCUUCAGGGUAAACCUGAUUUGAACACGUCUCUCCCAGUAAGACAGACGGCCUCCAUCUUUAAGCAGCCUGUUACCAAGGUUACCAACCACCCAAACAACAAAGUGAAGACGGACCCUCAGAAAGCUGUGGACCAGCCCCGACAGCUGUUUUGGGAGAAGAAGCUCGGCGGUCUCAAUGCUUUUGACAUUGCAGAGGAGCUGGUGAAAACAAUGGAACUGCCUAAAGGCCUUCAAGGUGUGGGUCCAGGCUGCACAGAUAAGACCCUCCUGUCGGCCAUCGCCAGCGCUCUGCACACCAGCGCCGCUCCCAUCACCGGCCAGCUGUCUGCAGCCGUGGAGAAGAACCCUGGAGUCUGGCUCAACACCACACAGCCGCUCUGCAAGGCCUUCAUCGUCACUGAUGAGGACAUCAGGUGAGCCAUCACCAGGGUCCCCG